AUGGCCGAGAACAUUGUUUUUGCUCCUCCCAGGUCGUCCUUGGGACACGAGUCUGACGACCAGCCCAGCUUCAGGAGUCUUCCGGUGACGGCCCUGCCAACUUUGCAGCAAGCUGCCUACCCAGAUUCUGGAGCCGAUGGAGAGGAUCAGGGCUCUUCUGCGGCGCGCGUGGCGCUCCCGGAAGGCAGCCACGGCUGCGGUCGAGACACCGCGAUUGGCCAGGUUGCAGCAGUAUUGGAGAAGCGGGAGCAAGAGAUCGCAAGGCGCUUGGCCGCUUUGGAGGCUGCCAACCAAGACAGCCCUGCAGGAGCAAGUACGCCAACGCCAAAGCCGACGUUGAGCGGAAGAGAGGCUUCGCAAGGGAGAGCCGAGCCGAGCGCUGGCGCCGGUGAGGCUCCCGGCUGCCAUUUCCCGGCCUUUGCGGCUCCCAGGCUACGCCAGGAAAAGAUUGACUGGGAGGUGCCUCAAAGCAUCCUGGACCGGCUUGCGCUGGCCUACGAUGAGGAUCCGCAGGCUGCGCGUCGUACACCGCAGCAGUCGAGGUUUGCCUGGACGGGUGUAGUUGACGCAGCCAGGGCUGCCUGGAUCGGUGGGACGCAGCUUCUCCAAUACGGGGAGCUUCUCCCAGCUGGUACCGAAAAAGCCUUGGCUGUCAUGGCGCCAGGCUUGCACUUUCUGCCACUGGGCACGCCUGGCCGAAGCCACGAGGUGGCGCUGGAGCUGGGAAUGGGUCGUGGGCGUGUGGCCCUGCAUCUAUUCUUGGCAGGAGCCACCGUCUUAGGUGUCGAGCUGGCCUGGCAGCGUUUCGCUCUGGCAACGGAGGCUGCGGAGCGUCUCGGCCAUCGGUGUCCAGACUCUUUCAGCGUGAGCUAUCUCGAUGCAAAGUUUCGGCUGGUUCGCGUGGGUGGACCGCAGCAUGCUUUCUUGGAGGCACGCCACGGUGACUUCCUCAAGCUGGUAACACCCGAGGAGGUGGCAGCGGCCACGCUGAUCUUCCUACAUGUUUGCUUGCCUGCAGCCUCCUGGCCGAGCCUCAGGCAGUUUCUUCAGCGCUGCCAGCCUGGCUGCAGAGUGCUGAGCUACGAGGACUUGCGCAUCAUCUGGAAAGGCGAGAAGGGCGACUUCCCUUUUCAGGACAUCGCAGCCCCAGCCCUCGCCUGCAGCUGGGCGCCCGAAGUGGGGCACAGGUUCUUCUGCUAUCAGCGCCGGGACCUGGAGGAGGAAGUGAUCCCGCUGGCAAGGUCCGGAGUUGGCUGA